UUGAUUUUAGACGAUAAAAGCAUGGACUUAUUUUUUACGGUUCGAGUAUCGUAAUUAACUUUUAAGUUACACAUACUGAAUUUAUCACCACAUUUAACUUAAUGCCUCCCUUGUACAAAGCUUUGUCCUCGUUCUUAGAAGCAGAUAAGAUCAACAAUUUGAAAAAAAUUGGUAUAAACAAUAUUAUAGAAUUUGUAGAAAAGGAUCCAGAAGUUUUGUGUUGCCAAAGCAAAAUAAGCUACAAGGAUAUUGUCAAGAUCAGGAAUGUUCUGCUUGCUCAGUAUUCAGCUCUUCCACAGAAUGGGUCUGAUUUAUAUGAGACUUGCAUCUCAUCUUUGGCAAUCUUCAGUACAGGAUGUGAAAGGUUAGAUUCCUUGCUAGAUGGGGGCAUUUUUAAUGGAGAAGUGACAGAGUUUGUUGGUCCACCCGCAUCAGGUAAAAGUCAGCUGUGUUUUAGUCUUGCUGCUACAGUAGCCAAUGAAUCACAACGAAACGUGCUUUACCUCGACACCAAUGGUACGUUUUCGGCUGAACGUCUACAGGAAAUUGUCUCCAGCCAUAUUAGUAACCAAGAGCAUAUCGAAUUGGCUUUACAGAAGAUUUAUUGCUGUCCAGUGCAGGACAUUUUCCAGUUACUACAGCUUUUGGAAAAUAUUUCUUUUAACAUUUCUCAACAGACAAAUAAUUUCCAUUCUGAGCUUCAACUGAUCAUCCUUGAUGCAGUCACUCCUGUUUUGGCUCCACAUAUCGGAGGAAAGCAGAUGGACGGACUGGGGCUGAUGGUACGACUGUCUCAGCAGCUCAUGUUCUUGGCCUCUGAACAUCUUCUUACUGUUGUGGUAUGUAAUAACACCGUACAAGGAGAGAAGGGAAUCAUCAAACCAGCACUAGGUCGUUACUGGCAGCACGUGGCUUCAGUUACUCUGAAACUAGGUCUUCCUGAGGAAAGAAGUGGGCUUACAAAAAUGGAAGGUUACAGAGAAGCAUCAAUCUUAAAAAGUUGCAGACGGGCAACAGGACAAAGCACUCUGAUACGACUCUCAUCCAUGGGUGUGGAGGGUGUUCACCAUAAACCAUGAAUAAAUACUUAUUUACUAAGAGAAAUAUUAAUAUUUAUUUUUAUAAUUACAUUUCAGAAAAUGAAAAGUAAUAGACUAUUGUAAGUGAAAUUUCAUAUUAAAUUCUUAAAUGCCAGUGUUGGUUGAACACGUUCUCAUGAAAAUAGAGUUAUAAAGAAUGCCA